CUUGAGAACUAACCCAUGUAGCGAAUGCUUAUGGAUCCAUGUUCUGAUGAUAUGACGGCGUCAAAAAAAGUUGACGGAGAAAGGCUUCCGUGACUCUUCACAUCUCCAUUUUUCUUUCAGCUCACGCAGACGCAGUACGUGCUUCCGCUCAUUAUGAUAAAAGCGUCUUUUAUUUACAAAACUACCAGAUGAAUUUCAGUUCAAUGAUCGCCGGCGAGCGGAAUAUUCCGCUACACCAACGCCGGCGACUUAGCCUCGGUGGAGUCUCAAACUCCAAGGACUCUUCGGAAGACAACUUGGACCUCUUCUCCGAUGAGUCUGAUGCAUCGGAGAAAUUGGGGAGUCUCUCAAUUGAAUCAGCAAAACAGAGUAGAAGUGGACUGGAUGACCUAUUGUCGUCAACUGAUGCCGGAAAGCAUGACUACGAUUGGCUUCUUACUCCUCCUGGAACUCCUCUUGUUCCUCCAUUGGAUAUAAAUGAAUCCCGAUCCGCUCUCGUGGCUCCAAGAGGCAGUCCAUCAAUCAGAUCAACCUCUACAAUCAAGGCCUCAAGACUUUCAGCUUCUCAAUCGGAAAGCAGCCGUCCUGCAAGACCAACACGAAGCAGUUCGGCAACUCGCCCGUCUGUCUCUAGUUUCCAAUAUGGUAUCAAUUCGAAUAAAUCGAACCCUAUCCAUAACACGAGCUCUGCAUCAGUGUCAUCUUUUAUUAGAUCUUCCACUCCUACUAGUCGCUCUUCAUCUGUUACAAGACCUUCAACCCCUUCUGCCCGUGCAAAGGUCUCAAGAUCUUCAACUCCUUGUAAAGUCCAUCCUGCACCCAACAUACCUUCAACUGAGAAACCGAGACCAUCCCAAAACUCAAGACCUUCUACUCCGAUUUCCAGGCCACAUGUCUCUGCCAACACGAACUCUAUUGGUGUUCGGUCAACAUCAAGGCCUUCAACACCUACUCGUCGAAACCCAUCACCAUCACAUUCUAUAUUUCCUGCAACAGGACCUUCAGCAUCAGGAGGACGGACUCUUUCAAGGCAGAAUCUUUCUUCAGUUUCCCGCCCAAGCUCCCCUGGUCCACGAGUUCGGCCCCAACCAAAGCCUAUUGUCCCCCCAGAUUUUCCACUUGAAACACCCCCAAACCUGCGAACAACUUUACCAGACAGGCCCCCAUCUGCCGGUAGGUCAAGACCUGGUGCGGCUAUUACUUUGAAACGGAAUACUGAGACAACAAGUUCUACCGCUUUUCCAAGGAGACAGUCAUCACCCAUGGUUGUCCGGGGAAGAAUCACGGAACCCAUUGGAAGGGGUCGGAUGCAUGCAAAUGGGCCGCUCAGUGAUCAUACAAUUGACACUCGCAGAGAGUUAUCUGCACGAAAACCUGUGAAGAUAUCAACAGAAAGCACUGGAUUUGGCCAGACUAUUUCAAAAAAAUCUCUAGAUGUGGCUAUCAGAAAUAUGGAUAUAAAAAAUGGUGCGAACGGUACUCGUCCCCUCACAGGCUCAAACCUUUACCCUCAAAGUAUUCGAUCUGCUAACCAGAAAAGCCAAUCCAGUCACUCGACAAGUUCAGCAGCAUCUGUCAAUGGAACCCUGCCUUUCGGCAAGCAUGACACUAUUGCAGAAAACAGGAAUACCAUUAACAGGUUUUCUGAAAGUGGGAAUGAAGAUGACAAAUCUUCAGCUAAACUAUCGAAUGUCGAUAUUUAUGAAAGCUCCCGUUAUGACAUGAUUCUCCGCAAAGAGGAUUCGAAGAACACCAAUUGGCUUCACAGUGUGGAAGACGAGUCUGACCAAGAACCAAUUUUUGAUAACGGACUAGAACCACCGCCUGAACCCUUUAGCCCUUUAUAAUCUAUAUGAAGUGCUCUCACUCUAUUGUUAUAUUUCAUUUCGCAUAAUUUUUAUUUUUUAAUGAAAAGAGGGAAAUAAAGUUGUUACGUUAGAGUGUAUGAUAAUAUGUUGUGGGAAAGUCUCUCCACACAAAAUGUGUGGACUAACUUUUCUGCCACAAUUUUGAAUGGUGUUGUAGUAUGUAAGAUUAUAGGAUUUAAUAACGAGAGUGAUCUCUGAACUUUAAGCGAAAAUUUUUGUUGAUCACUGUA